AUGGCCAAGACCGACCACAACGAGCACCUCGAUAUUCCUCUGCCCGAAAGGAGGCGAACCUCGGUGCAGGAUGCCCCAGCUUUUGCUGAGCAUGGUCCCCUAGUCGACCACAAGAUUCCUCAGGCCGAUGUGGUCCAACAAGAGCCUGACUUGCUCUGGAGCCGUAUCAGACACACUCUCAGGGAACCCUUCUCUGAGUUCUUUGGUGUUUUCAUUCUGAUUCUCUUUGGAGAUGGUGUCGUUGCACAAGUCGUUCUCAGCAAUGGCGAAAAGGGCGAUUAUCAGUCUAUUUCCUGGGGCUGGGGUCUUGGUGUUAUGUUGGGUGUCUACUCCAGCGGUAUCUCGGGAGCUCAUUUGAACCCUGCCGUUACGUUUGCCAACUGCGUUUUCCGCAAAUUCCCGUGGAGAAAAUUCCCCGGCUACAUGCUUGCCCAGAUUUUGGGCGCCAUGACUGCCUCUGCUAUUGUUUACGCCAACUACAAAUCCGCAAUCGAUGUCUUUGAGGGAGGCCCUGACAUUCGCACCGUCGGUGGCAAGACCUCGACUGCUGGAAUCUUCUGCACCUACCCGGCCGAGUUCAUGACCAAGACUGGCCAAUUCUUUUCGGAAUUCAUUGCCAGUGCCAUCCUGAUGUUCCUGAUUUACGCUCUUAAGGAUGACGGCAACAUCGGUGCCGGCCCCUUGACGCCUCUUGGCCUGUUCUUCGUCAUCUUCGGCAUUGGUGCAUGCUUUGGCUGGGAAACUGGCUAUGCCAUCAAUCUUGCCCGUGACUUUGGCCCGCGUCUGGUUUCAUACAUGAUCGGUUACGGCCACGAAGUCUGGUCCGCUGGCGGCUACUACUUCUGGGUUCCCAUGGUCGCUCCCUUCUGUGGCUGCACAUUCGGAGGAUGGCUCUACGAUGUCUUCCUCUUCACCGGUGAAAGCCCGAUCAACACCCCCUACAUGGGAUUGGCGCGCUUCCUCAAGCCCAAGAAGUCUGUGUGGUCAAACACCUACAGUGCCGACAACCAGGUAUAA